GAGAGGAAAGAAGGCAGAAAAAAAAGGAAAUCUGUGUGGACUGUGAACCUGCUGCAGGGCACUGGGAAGAAUGGGAGCUGUGUAUGGAAAGAAGAAGGCGUACACCAUCGACCACGAGCAGCAGUGUAUGAAGAAUGGAAAGCACCCAAACGGCCGAGCCUCGGCAUAUGCAGACCUGCAGCAGCACCGGUCCGAGGGGGUCCACAGGAAACCGUCCCCGGCGUCCAGCUACGUCCCCCAGCCCGACUACCUGGAGGGAGACGAGGACGAGGACCUCAUCAAACCCAAGAAACUGGUGAAUCCCGUCAAAGCUUCAAAGAGUCACCAGGAGCUUCACCGAGAGCUGAUGAGCAGCUGCAAACGCAGCGGGACGAGUGUGGAGACGAAGCCGGAGCUGCAGAGAGUUCUGGAGUCGAGGAAACGAGAUCAGCUGAUGAAGAAGAGGAAACAGGAAGAAGAAGAACGCAGGAAGGUCUCCCCUCUGGAGGCGGAGCUUCUGAAGAGACACCAGAAGCUGGACGAGUUGGACAAACAGCAGGAGGGAAACAUCAAAGCUCCGGAGUUCGUCAAAGUGAAAGAAAAUCUGAGACGGACGUCGUUUCACAGUAAAGAAGAAAAGGAGGUGUAGAGACAACUGCUGUCCCCUAGGACACUAAGAAGGAGACUGUCCAC